GCCGUUCCCUUUGGCUUUACAAGGAUUCACAUUUUGUUUGAAGUUGAUCUUUUACUGGUGGUUCAUGCUCAACCUGCUAAUGAGCUCUUCCACGUAUCUACAGAAAAUGCAUGAGGGGUGGAGUUAGGCCAACUUGCAGGUCAGUGGCCAAUCGAAAGGCCUCGGGAUUAACAGCAGUAUUUAUGAACAGAUAUGUUGUGCAGCAGAUUAGAACAGGACUGGGGAGAUGCAACACCAGAAAUCAAGAAUGAUUUUCCACGAGUCCCUGUUGAGGGGGCUAUGCUGCCUGCUGUUAACAUCAGGUUUGCUAGAAGCAACAUCUCUCGCGAAAGUAAAGAAUGCUGGAGGGAAUCCAGUUAGCAUUGACUCAGCUCAAGCUCAUGAUUUCUUUGCAAAUUCUCGACCUAAGAGGAACAUGGACCCGAAGUGGUACCGAGGCGAUCCGAAUUUUCAGUCUUACUACCGCUUCUACAACAGCAUUGGACACAUCGAGGGAAUCUAUGAGAUUGACAGGCUCAGGAUGCUGUAUCAGCAGAUGCGCCACUUGGAGUUGACCUACGGCCCAGACGCUUCCAGUUACCAAAAUGUCAUGGGUGUUCAGACUACCACAGCAGCCCCAACUACGACCACCCAGCCUCCUCCACCUCCUACCACUGCUGCCCCUACACCAGACCCUCUGGAGAAUGCUCAGAGGAUCUAUCUGUGUAACCCCAAAGACCCACUGUGCAAACCCCAGAUCGUCUACCUGCCAACGGGGGCUGUUCCAGUGCUGUGUGACCCACGACUAAACCCGGCCUGUAGGCCAAAAACAGAGGAGGAGAUUAAGGCUGCAGCUCCUCCCCCACCACCACCUCCACCUCCCCCUGCUCCCAAAAAGUCUGUCCUACCUCCACCUCCACCUCCUGCCAUCACUGUCAAAGGUAUGGAGUAUGACUGCGACCCAUACUGGGAUCCAGACUGCCUCAUCGACCACCCUCCCCGCCCUAUCAAGGAAACAACUGCACCAGAGGCACCUGCUGAGGAGAAAGUGGUGGAAGAGGAAGAAGUGAAAGCUGAGGAAAGUGUCCCUGCAGCACCAGCCACAGAGAAAACCCUCUUUCCUUUCUUUGACCCUUAUGAUUUCAAACGCGACCUUUAUGACCCCCUUCGAUAUGCCAAUCCAGAGCCAGAAGAGUAGUAAAAGUGGUUAAGAAAUCACAGCGUUCAAUGCAGGACAAGAUUACAAAUCAAAUCACAAGGUUGAAUCAAGACAGGACUGUGAGCAAAUCCACAAACAUAAACGUUAAUUUCAAAUCAUGCAGAUCAUCACGUUUUUACAAGACAGACUGUAAAACACUGCUUUUCCAAAUGACAAAUCACACUAUGCCUUUACUGUAUGUGUGUGCGUGUGUGUGUGUGUGUGCAUGUGUUCAUAUUGUGAUGCACAAUAAAGUUUUGAAUGGAGUAAAAACAAUAAAAAGAAUAAAAAAUUAUUGACAAA